AUGACACGGCGUAGGCGCAAUGGUGUGUCGAGCAAGCCUUCCGCCACAGCUGGCAAGUGCUCGCAACCCAAAGCCACUCAAGCUCGUCGCAACUACCACGGCAGUGUUGAGGGGUCACCUGUGAAGGACACCGCCAAAGAGCGUCCGCCCGAGCUCCCACGCAAAUUGUUGAAGCUGGUAGGGCUGAGGAGAUGCGUAGUUGGCUGUAUGAUUGGUCCUCCUUGGCUGGUCCAGGGCAUACACAUCGUCAGCCGGACACUCAAGAACUCGCACGCAGAUAUCUAUCACCGUUUCAGAAACUGUGUCGGAAUUUUGGACGAGAAAACGGGAGAGAAAGUCAUAGAUCUGGAUGGCACAGGAAAUUAUGAAUGGGUCCACUUCGACAUGCAUCAUCUUUUCGAUGGCCGCUCUGUACAAGGAAGCGCAUACGGAGGGGGAGAAUGGGCUUUUUGCCCAAAGAAUCUGAGGGCAUUCGUCGCACAUAUGAAGGCCAAUCCUGGGGCAGACUACAAGACGUUGUGUCCAAGUGGCCUUUACGAAUUCAUCAUAUACGGCUUUCCCAGUGGUCAGCAACAUCUGUUCGGCCGGUAUUCUGAUGACCAACGCACCUACGCUCACCUCAAUAAGGACGGCAAGGCAUGGACUAAGGACGAAAUCCUCCAGUGGUACAUGGAUAGCCAACACCGUCACGGUCCAGUCGAAGCGCGCAUUCUGCAAGUAGGUGACCAGGGCUUCGUCAUUAUCAGCCACAUGAACCCCGUCUUCGUAGUCUUCGACUACGCCUUGAAGAUGAAGUACCGCGUUAUCGACCGCUCAAAUGAGCCGGAUCUCAUCAAGGGGAUACCACAAGAAGACAUUGACUUCUUCAAAGACGAGUUGUGGCCUGUGGUACAAUGCUGGUUCGAGGCUCCCUCGCCGAAUUUGACCCUCGCGCUCAAGAAGCAAGUGGCUCGACCUACCGGUCUCGGUGGCGCCGUGCGGUCGGAAGGCGCCGUCAAAGUCGCCCCUGUCACCCCACCAGUGCGCACCUUCCGCAGCGCCCCAGAGAAGGUCCCGGUCACCCGCGAUUCCCCGCCUCCAGCCUUCCUCGUUCCAGAGUCGGCCAAAGUUGCUGAGGUCAAGCAACACGUCCUCUUCGGCGGUCCAUCAACCGACCGAAGUGAAGUGAGAUACCGCUACGCGUCGUCCGACGCAGGCGCAUCCGACGCGACCCAAUCGCAAUACGAUGAUACCGAGUCUCUGGACGACGGUUCAUCUAGCUCAACAAGCACUGCUAUUCCUGGCUCCGGGCUUGUGUCCGCCUUCCCCGACGACUACGACUACGAUGUUGAUCCUGAAUACGGCGCCGACGAAUGUGAUCCCAAGUAUGACGACUGUGACUAUGUCGACGACGGCCAGCCCAAUGCGGAGCCCGACGACGACGUCCAGGAGCACGGUCUCGCACCACCUGACGACGAUGAGGACGAUUUAGACUAUCAAAGGACUAAGAGCGAGUCGCCUUGCCCUGCGCGCCCAAUGUACGCGGACGAUCCUUCCACUGACGACGACUCGGAUGGGGAAUCGACUGCGACUGUACGAGACGAGCGCGACACCGAUACAUUUGCUGACGCGAGUGCGACUGAUCAAGAGCCACCACCGUCUGGCGAGCCUCCCGCAAUCCCGUCUGCACUUUCAGCUGCACCGUCAACGUCGACGGCGCACCCCGUUCCCUCCACAUCUGUACUCAAGAAGCCUGCCGCGUCCAAGAAAUCCAAGAAGAUCGUGCACUUCUCUGGCGAAGACGAAGAAAAUCCUGGGGAGCUCGAAGAGCAUUCUGACGGUAUCAAGAAUCAGUCGUUACCGUCCUCCACGUCGGCCUCCUCGUCCACAUCGGACCCCACCUCGUCCUCCGCGAUGACGACCACUGGAACGCCUCCCAUCGGACCGCAUCCGGCGACCACCUCUGAGCCACCUCCGGACGACUCGCCGCCCAAACCACGACGCUCCACACGUGCCAAGCAACCUCCCAAGCCUCCCGGGACUGUCCACGCGCCUCCUCCGAACGCGCCAUCUCUGGCUGACCGACCCAAGCGCACCGGUAAGGCCAACAAAGCGGCUUCAGCAAGGGCUUCGGCAUCUGCAUCUGCAUCUUCGUCUAGUGGCCAAGGGCCCGGCCAGCCCCGUCCUCCCGCUAAGCCACGCGGUCAAAAACGUACUCGAGACGACCGCGAUGCGGACGAUGAUCAAGACGACCGAGACAUCGACGACCAGUUCGAGGACGACGAAGACGCGGACGAGAGCGACGACGUCGAGUCCGUUCAUUCCGAAUACCUACCUCGCGCAAAGAGGGCUAAGAAGACCAAGGCGCCCACUCAGGGCAAGGGCAAGCCCCACAAGUAA